AUGUCAACCAAACAAAAAACAAAGCAAAGAGAUUUGUCUUCGGAUAGUUCAAAGUCUGGAAGUUCAAAAAAUGAUUCGAGUGUUGGAGAUGUGAAGGAUACGUCUCCGGCAAGUGACAAAGUUUUUAAUAAAUAUGGAAUGGCUGCUGAGAUUGUUAAUACUGUUUUGAAGGGAGGGGGAGGGGAGGUAAAGGGAUACUUACUCCGUUUUCGAGUCCGGCCGACGGUCGAGGCAUUUUUGGCUUGUUUUUAUCGAGUCGGGCCUGUACAAGUCUUUUUCGGGCCAAAUAUCUUAGUCCCGACUCGAUCUUUCGGUCCGAGUCGAGCUAUUUUGGCAACCCUAGUGGAGGGGAGAGGUUUGCCUUCGGGUUUUUUGCGAAUUUCUCUAAUGUUUCCUUCAUCUUUAGCUACUUAUCCGCAAGUUCACGGAAAAGCCUCCAUUUUCAGUUGUCAAUUUCUGACAAAAUAUUUUUUAAAGGAAAUACUUGCCGAAUUAAAAGUUGAUGCAGAAGUUGGUCAACUUUGUUCUCGUGGUGAUGCUCGUAUAUUGGAAUUAACUUCAAAUCUCUUCAAGAGAGAGAAGAAUGUUCAGAAAGGGAUUGGUAUGUUUUUCAAUCAGUAAUUUUUUCCUCUUUUGGAUUUUAUUUUUUUAUUUUACUUUUUUUACUUCGAAAAUAUUUAUGGGAAGGUUCGGCCUGUGAAAAUUUUUGGAUUUUGUGUUCCGUUCAUGAUUUUAUCUGGUUUGAAGCUGUAUAUAGUGUCGUUUCCCGGCCUCAUUUUUUCCUCCCCAAUUUUUUACCCUAUGUUUGUACGGAAUGGUCA